AUGAGCUUAGAAGAGAAUCACAGAGAUACCGAGCACCACCACCACCAUGAUCGACACGCUCAUGCCCAUGGUCAUGCCCAAGGUCAUGGUCACCAUCAUGGCCACGGUCAUUCGCAUGGCCAUGGGGUAGAUAAUUGGUCUGGCGAGGAUUAUCUCCAAUUUCCCGGCAUGAAAGAGACAGCUCUCAAAUCUCACGAAUCCGUCCUUCACACACUGCAAGGUGCAGAUAUCACCCCUGAACAAGUAUCUACCAUGUCUCUCAUCGAGAUUGGUUGUGGUGCUGGAGCAGUGACGAAGCUCUACGCCGAAUCAUUCGCAUCGGUGCAUGCCAUAGAUACUUCCACGUCGAUGCUUCUCGCCUUUUCAGAUCGACUUCCACCAAAAACGACCUACUCACUCCAUGCUCUCUCUGAAGACUCUCCGAAGGAUUUUCAAGAUGGGAAAGAAAUGUUCUCACCUACGAAGUCGGAACAGGAACGAAAGCUUGCCCCUCCAAGAGCUCGGUUCGACAUCGCUGUGGCCAACUUGGUUUUACAUCAUGUAGACAAUCUCGAUGGGUUCAUGGCUGGCGUUGUGGGUUUGCUGAACCAGGGGGGCUGGUUCGUCAUCACGGAAUUCGCAAAGAAUGAAGAUGAAGGAGGCCAUGAUCAUGCGCACCAUCACGGUGGGCAUAGCAACGCCCACGAUGAUGAACUAGAACGUGGCAAGAAACUCGAAGGCGGAUCCGUCAACGCUCCCAACCACUUUCACGCAGCUUUCUCUGUCGAUUCCAUCACCGACUUUCUCAAAAAGUACGGUUUCACCGACGUGCAUGCAGAGAUUCGAGGCAAGCUCCCCGUAUGGGAGGAUCCAGCAAAGUAUCCUUCUUGCCUCAUUGCCCGUGGACGCAAGCCUUGA